AUGGGAAAGACAAUCAUUGUCACCGGUGCCUCUAGAGGAAUCGGUUGGGUCAUCGCUCAGUACUUGCUCAAAGCACCCGGAUCCAACAAUGUGCUUGUUAUCGCUCGUAGCCAAGAGCCCCUGCAGAAGCUUAAAGAGCAAUAUGGUAGCCAGGUCGAGUACAUGACCGGCGACCUUGCUGAUCUCUCCAUCGCAAAGAAGGCCGUCGACAAGGCCCUAGCAUCUUUUGGCAGAUUGGAUGGUUUGGUCCUCAAUCACGGAAUUCUUGGACAGGUGGGCAAGAUUGCCGAAGCGGAUCCUCAGCAGUGGAAGCAUGGAUUCGAUGUCAAUUUUACGAGUCUUGUGGCAUUUGUGCGAGCCGCUAUCCCUUCGCUUCGCCAGUCGAAGGGAAGAAUUGUAUUCACGUCCUCAGGAGCUGCCAUUUCAGCAUACAAGGGAUGGGGUCUAUACGGUGCUACGAAAGCUGCUAUGAACCAUCUUGCUUUGACACUGGGUGCGGAAGAACCUGACAUUACUACUGUAUCUAUUAGACCAGGAAUGGUCGACACGGAGAUGCAACGACAACUACGCGAAGACCACGCAACCAAUCUCGAGGCUGAUGUACAUGCCAAGUUCACCGGCGUGCACAAGGAGGGCAAGCUCCUCAAGCCCGAGCAACCAGGCCACGUUAUGGCAAAACUCGUGCUUGAUGCACCCGCUUCCCUCAGUGGACGAUUCCUCACAUGGAACGACAAGGACUUGGCGGCUUUCCAAGAAUAA